CCGCUCUCAGCAUCGAAACCCUCACCCGUCUCUCUCGGCCAGAUUCCAUCCAUGGCGACGGCGACGGCGACGGUGGCGGUGGCGUCGGGAGCGGGAAGUAGGAAGAGCGGGCGGGGCCGGAAGGCGCUGACGGCGGUGCUGGACAACGACGCCAACAUCUCCGCCGGGAAGGCCGGCUCGGCCGCGGGGAUCCUCUCGCCGCCGCCGCAGAAGGCGAAGAGGGCGUCUUCGAAGGGCAAGGGGAAGGCGGCGGCGGCGGCGGCGGUGGUGGAUGAGGUGUCGGAGCUGCAGGGGAUGCUGGAGAAGCUGCGGCUGGAGAAGGAGAAGGCCGAGGAGAUGGUGCGGGAGCGGGACGAGGUCAUCCGCCGGAAGGAGGAGGAGCAGGGCCGCCUCCAGGCCGAGCUCAAGAAGAUCCAGCGCGCCAAGGAGUUCAAGCCCACCGUGAGCAUUCCUCUUGUCAAGUCAUUAAUCGAGGAAGGAGACGGUAAGGCCAAGAAGAAGAAGGGCAAGGGCAAGGCCGGCCAUGAGAGGAAAAAGCCCUGCCCGGCGUACGCCCUCUGGUGCAAGGAUCAGUGGAACGAGAUCAAGAGGACGAACCCGGAGGCCGACUUCAAGGAGGUGUCCAACGCUCUGGGCACCAAGUGGAAGGCGCUGGGCGCGGAGGAGAAGCAGCCGUACGAGGAGAGGUACCGGGUGGAGAAGGAGGCGUACCUGCAGGUGGUCGGGCAGGAGAAGCGCGAGGCCGAGGCGAUGAAGCUGCUCGAGGAGGAGCAGAUGCAGAGGACCGCCAAGGAGCUGCUCGAGCAGUACGUCCGGUUCCGGCAGGAGGCCGCCGCCGACAACGGCGACAAGAAGGCGAAGAACAAGGGAAAGAAGAAGGACAAGGACCCCUCCAAGCCGAAGCACCCCAUGUCCGCCUACUUCGUCUACUCCCAGGAGCGCCGCGCCGCGCUCAUCGCCGAGAAGAAGAACGUCCCUGAGAUCGGCAGGAUCACCGGAGAGGAGUGGAAGGGCAUGACGGAGGCGGAGAAGGCGCCGUACGAGGAGGCGGCGCGGAAGCAGAAGGAGGAGUACCAGAAGCAGAUGGAGGCGUACAGGCAGAGGAAGGAGGAGGAGGCGGCGAGCCAGGAGAAGGAGGAGGAGGAGCAGAAGGAGGUCAUGAAGCAGGAGGCGCUGCAGCUGCUGAAGAAGAAGGAGAAGGCGGACAACAUCAUCAAGAAGACCAAGGAGCAGCGGCAGAGGAAGAAGAAGGGCGCCGGCGGCGCCGCGGCGGCGGACCCGAACCGGCCCAAGAAGCCGGCGUCGUCGUUCCUGCUGUUCAGCAGGGAGGCGAGGAGGCAGCUCGCCGAGGAGCGCCCCGGCGUGGCCAGCUCCACGCUGAACGCGCUGGUCGCGGUGAAGUGGAAGGAGAUGGGCGAGGCGGAGAGGCAGGCGUGGAACGGCAGGGCCGCGGAGGUCAUGGCGGCGUACAAGAGCGAGAUGGAGGAGUACACCAAGGCGCACGCCGGCGGCGGCGGCGCCUCCCCCUGUGCCUCCUCGUCGGCUUCGUCGUAAGCGGCGUCAUGGCCGGCGAUGUUGGCCCUAACGCUAACGAGAGGAUUCUCUUCUCUGAAUCCUAUGGGGAGUGCAGUACGUGUUGAUGAUGCGUUUGGUUUGGUUGUGGGUUUAGUUUAAGACAUUCAAAUUUAGCUCAGUAAGCUUGAGAAAUUUCAGCUUAUUCAAAGCAUUUGGUAUCAGAAUUUGCGUGGCUGUUGCCAA